CAAGUCAGAGACAACAAUGGAUACUUUCCAACUUGCUGGCAAGUCAUGUUGCUUCUGGCUCUUACUCAACUUGCUCACUAUCAUUGUUUGUGUUGAUUCUUUUGCACCUCCAGAGACUCACUACCAUGAAUUUGUUAUUCAAACGACGCCAGUGAAGAGGCUGUGCAAAACUCUCAAAGUACUCACUAUCAAUGGGCAAUUCCCAGGGCCGACAGUGGAAGCUAGAAAUGGAGAUUCACUUGUCAUCAAAGUAACUAAUGCUGCAAGAUACAACAUUUCCAUCCACUGGCAUGGCCUUCGAAUGCUGCAGAACCCAUGGGCAGAUGGACCUACUUAUGUGACUCAGUGUCCGAUCCCACCAGGGGGGACUUACACAUAUCGCUUUACUAUCAAUAACCAGGAAGGCACGCUAUGGUGGCAUGCUCACACUGGAUUCCUCAGAGCUACUGUCUAUGGAGCUUUCAUAAUCUAUCCAAGAUUGGGUUCUCCUUAUCCUUUCUCAAUGCCCAAGCGAGAAUAUCCCAUUCUUCUUGGGGAAUGGUUCGGUAGAGAUCCAGUGAGUCUCCUAAGGAUGACACAAUUUACAGGAGCACCUCCAAAUGUAUCUCUUGCAUACACCAUUAAUGGUCAACCUGGAGAUCUCUACAGAUGCUCCAGCCAAGAUACUGUACGAAUUCCAGUAGAACCCGGUGAGACAAUUCUCUUGAGAAUAAUCAACAGUGCACUUGAACAAGAACUCUUCUUUUCAAUUGCCAACCACAGGAUGACCGUUGUUAGCAUUGAUGCCGCUUAUACCAAGCCAUUCACCACAACAGUCCUCAUGAUAGCACCAGGCCAGACAAUCAAUGUCCUCCUCACAGCUGAUCAAGCCCCAGGUCGUUACUACAUGGCAGCACGUGCUUACGAAUCAGCCCAAAAUGCUCCUUUUGACAACACCACCACCACUGCUAUCCUCGAAUACAAAUCUGCUAGCUGCAAGAAUUGUGGACAAUUCUCAAGACCAAUAUUGCCAGCUCUUCCAGCCUUUAAUGAUACAGCAACUGCAACUGCAUUCAAUGCUGGACUCCGGGGCCUUUCCCAGGUUAAGGUAUUCCAAGAGGUUGAUGUGAGUCUUAAUUUCAUAGUGGGUUUGGGAUUGAUCAAUUGCACAAAUCCUAAUAGCCCCCGUUGUCAAGGACCCAAUGGAACUCGUUUUGCAGCCAGCAUGAACAAUGUAUCUUUUGUACUCCCAAGAACUACCUCCUUAAUGCAAGCAUACUAUCAAGGUACACCUGAUGUCUUCACCACAGACUUUCCCCCUGUUCCACCUCUGCAAUUUAAUUAUACUGGGAAUGUGCCCCGAGGCCUAUGGACGCCUUCUCGAGGAACUAAGCUUUACAAGUUGAAGUAUGGUUCCAAUGUGCAAAUUAUUUUCCAGGAUACAAGUAUAGUAACAACUGAGGAUCACCCCAUGCAUAUUCAUGGAUACCAUUUCUUCAUAGUUGGUUCAGGUUUUGGGAACUUCAACCCAGCAACAGAUCCUGCUAAGUUCAACCUUGUGGAUCCACCAGUGAGGAACACCAUAGGAACACCUCCAGGUGGAUGGGUGGCCAUUCGUUUUGUAGCUGAUAAUCCAGGGAUUUGGUUCGUGCAUUGUCACAUAGAUUCACAUCUCAAUUGGGGUUUGGCAAUGGCAUUCCUGGUAGAGAAUGGUGUUGGACCAUUACAGUCAGUAAUACCACCACCACCAGAUCUACCAAGAUGUUAAGAUGAAGAAUACGUCAUCAAUCAUACACUUUACGCUCGUCAAAUAUUAGCUCGCUGUUUGCAAAUUCUACAAAUAUUUUCCAAAAUAGUCAAUGUUAUUUUCCAAAUAUUUGCAAAUUCUACCAAGUGUGGUUUUCUGCUUUCAUACCUAGUCCAGAAUAGGAUGAUGCUCAAAAUUGAGCAGCAAAGUUGUGUUCCCUUGAUUGUGUAAGCCUCUUGAAAGAUGCAUACUUUCAUACCAUGUGUGGUUUUCUGCUUUCAUACAUAGUCCAGAAUAGGAUGGUGCUCAAUUGAGCAGCAUACUUGCGUUCCCUUGAUUGUGUAAGCCUCUUGAAAGACAAAUAACAGAGGAAUGAUUUCUUAUCA